AUGGUUGUCGAAUUUUUAUAUGCAAAUAUUACUGGAAUUAUAGUGGCCCUUGUGUGUAUUCUUCUGGGCAUUGCUUUGACUGUCUAUAGAACAGGCAAUAACCUCCCAGGUGGUCGCAAACGCAACUCACAACCUACAAUUAUAAUUGCGGGGCCCCCAUCAGGAGGUAAAACAUCGCUCUACACUCUGCUCACUACUGGCAAGGUUGAAGAUACUGUUACUACUCAGAUACCCAAUGUGUACAAUUCCUUUAGUAUUCCCUUUGAUUCGGAAACAGACGCCUCUCGCAUUACCCUAAUUGAUCUCCCUGGUCACCCCAAGCUGAUACACCAUUUGGACGAGGCAUUAUUGGUUAAUUCCAAUAUUAAGGGCAUUUUGUUUGUGUUAGAUGGUGCUAGCGGAACUCGUGGCAUUGAACAAGCUGCACAGUAUUUGUUCAAGGUUCUUUCCCGGACAGAGUAUCGAAUGGGUGGAAUUGACAUGAUGAUUGCAUGCAAUAAGGCUGAUUUAUUUAGUAUGGUUCCUGCAGCCAAGCUGCGCAAGAUUCUUGAGCAGGAGCUGACAUUUAUUCGUGAUGCACGGGCUCAAGGAUUGGGUACUGUUAAGAAUGAGGAUACCCUUGGCGGAAGAGCAGCUAGAGAUAACCCAGAAGAUGACGAUGCAGAAGGAAGCUGGUUGGGUCAAGGAGAACCGAUUGAUUUCAGCAAGCUUGAUGGAGAAAUUGCCAUUGCAGAUGGUAGUGUUAAAACUAAGAGUGUGGAAUCAUGGAAGCGAUGGAUUGAGGGUGUUGGUGUUAAUUAA